AUGGCUUCAUUACAGAAUAAUGAGUUAAACAAUCAUCUUCAAUCUGAUGAUGAUGAUGCAAAUGUAAUUCAUAUCAUAGAUAUAACGAAUGGUACAUUUCCUGAACAUAUAUCUGGUCGUAUUGAAAGUAAUGAUACAAUUGAAUUCAAAGUUAAUUCAGAUGAUGAAUAUGAUAUAUUUCAAGUUUAUAAAGAUAAUACUGAUUACUAUCGAAUAGAUAAUGGAAUAGAAUUAUUUAAUAUAAAUAAUAAUACAUCGGAAAAGAAAAGACGUAUUGAACUUUCAUUUAGUUUUCAUUGUUCAACAAUGGAAUUAUAUUUUUGUAUAAUUCCAUCAUUACAACAUGAAACAUAUUUAAAAUCACGUCAAUGUUCAAAAGAAAAUUGUGAAAAAAAUUAUCUUUUAAUUCAUAGAAAUGAAAUGAAAUUUUCUUUCAAUGAUAAUAAAGAAAGUCAAAAAAUUAUUUUACAUAAAAAUGAUACAAUUGAACUUGAAUGGAUAUCAAAACGUUGUAAUGGUUAUCGUAUAGAAGAAAAUAGAUAUUGCCCAAUAUCUGGUGGCCUUUAUAAAAUCGAACAAACAUCAGAUAUAAUAACAAAUCGUGCUGUAACACAAGGAAAAUUUCAAAGAACAUUUAAUGAAUAUGGUACAUCAUUUUUAUUUCGUUUAACUGAAACAAAUCAAAUUCAUGAUAUCAUGGUAUGUAUUAUAAAAGAUAAAUAUCAAAUAAAACAUAUUGAAAUAACUGAUAUAAAUAUUCAACCAAAUAUUAUUUCAAUUGAACAAAAUGACUCAAUUAUAUUUGAAUGGAAUACAAAAGAAAAACAAACUCUUAUUCAAAUUGAUCCUUAUCUGAUCGAUGAAAAUACACAACAAUCAAUCGAAUUGAAAACAAUCGGAGAACAUUUCUUUUGGCCAUAUGAUCCAUCCUAUCGUGGUUAUAUGAUUCAUAAAUUUAAUCAAACAGGUAUUUUUUGUUUUAAAACAGCAAAUAACCAAAUUGGAACGAUUAUUGUUGAACCAAAGAAAAAUAUUUAUUCUUUUCCAAUUUUUGGUGAUCAAUUAAUUUUAAAAAUGAAUACAAAUGAUUUAGUUCAAUUUGAAUGGAAGAUGACUGAUUCACAAGAAGAACCAGUAUUAAUCACGGUUGAUGCUAAUACAUCCAUCGUACCGGAUGUAGCGGGUGGUCUUACAGGAAUAUUUGAUUGUUCUAUGCAUAAAUGUGUCAAAGUUGAACCAUUUUUUCGUUCUUAUUUCCAUACAUGCGAAACAUUUCUUCUUCAUAUUCCACAACAUGGUCUUUAUAGUUUUGCAUAUUGUGAUAAUCGUGAUGAUGUUGUAUUAAGUGUUAUUGUUGAAAAUAGUAUUAAUAAUCAUCAUAUCACAUAUAGUGAACAAAAUAUGUUUGAACCAAAUACAAUAAUUGUUAAUCGUAAUGAUCAAGUUUGGUUUGAUUCGAUAUCAGCAAAUAUUUAUCGAGCAGAUGAAUAUGGAAAUCAUUUAGACGUAGAUAAACCAAUUUUUCAACCACAAUUAAAUAGUAUGAAUUAUUUUAUGCAACAAUUUAAACAAAUUGGAAUUUAUUAUUUUUCAACGGAUAUUAAGAAUGAUAAUUAUACAACAAAAAUUUCAUCAUCAUCAUCACCAUUAGCGAUUAUUGUUUUACCUGAAAUUCAUUUCCAUUAUAAAUUCAUUCGUCUUGGUGAUUUUGAUUUUCAAGCAAUAAUAACUAAUAUAAAUGAUUUUGUUAUAUGGCAAUUUGAACAAAUUAUUCGUUUCGGUGUUAUACAAUUACGUUCAAAUGAAACUUUACAAGAUUUAGCAUCAUGUCAUGAUCGAGCUGUAUCAGGUCGUAAUCGACAAUGUCUUGCUGUUGAAUGUAUUAUGCCUGGAGUAUUUUAUUUCGCUAAUCCAGAAUUUGAACGAGUUACUGGUUCAGAACAGGAUCGUCUAAUAUCAACAAUUAUUAUUGAUCCACCAUUUAGUAAAGCAUGUUUUUUUAUUACACAUCAACAAUUUGUUCCUAAUGUUUUCCAUAUUGCUCAGAAUGAAAGUAUUUCAUGGGUAUUAUUAAAUAACGAUCAAUAUCAUCGAAUUUAUGUUGAAUCAAAUGAAAAUGAGAAACCAAACUUAAACGAAAAUAAUCGUAUUGAUCGAUCAAUUGAACAAUAUGUGCCUGAUAUACAUUAUUUAUAUACAUUUAAUCAAUGUGGACAAUAUACUAUUCGAUCUGAUCGUUUCAAUAAUACAGCAACUGUUAUUGUUUAUUCAGAUGAUAUCAUUCGAAAUGAUAAAAAACGAACACAACAACCUCAAAUAAUCGAAGAAAUUGAUACACUUAGUCAAUUUAAAACACGAGUACAUUUAAAAUAUCCAAAUCAAGAUGCGAUAAUAUAUUAUACACUUGAUGGAACGCUUCCAACAAGACAUCAUGAUAAUGUUCAUAUUUAUAAUACUAAUGAAGAUAUAUGUUUUGAUCAACCAGGUUUUCAUAUUUUACGUGCCUAUGCAACUGAAAAUGAAAAGAUAUCAAGCAGUGUUAUUACAAGCAGUAUUUAUUAUAACGAUAUUGAAUUAGGAAAAUUGAUGUUGCCUUUUGAACAUAGAGUUUAUUUUGACUAUUAUUUUAGUCCAACUUUUGUUAUGGAAAAUGAUGAACUAGAAAUAGUGAAUGAAUCUCUGUCAGCAUGGAGUAGUACAAAAAUAAAUCUUUCAGCUUCCAUACAAUAUCCAAACAAAUUAUAUGGAAAAAUUCAAGUGGAACCAACAAGUUCAGCAGAUCUUGUUGAUCAUUUUGAAUUAUAUGUAGAUGAUAUAGCACAAAGUGUCAAUCUAUCACCAACUGAUAUUAUAUUUUCAGCCGAAGGUUUUGCUGGUGGUGAACAAUAUGAAAUCUAUAUUUUAGCUUAUCCAAAAUCAAAUAUUAUUAAUGCUAUACCAAUACCAUCGAAUAAACGGGCAUUUGAAAUUAAACGAGAAAUUCAUGGUGCACCAUUAAUUAGUUUAGCUGUAUCGAAUGAACAAACGACAAUCUUUUUAAUGUGGGCUCAUAUUGGAGAUCAUGUUAGUGAAUAUAUUGUUUAUGUUGAUGAUAUUGAAAGGACAACGGUAUCAUUUUUGAAAAAGAUUUUAAUGAUUUUUUUUGGUAUUCAGUUUCAUGGUGCUCAACAACGAAAAAGAUACCUUUUACAUGUUGAAGCAAAACUAAAAAAUAGUAAUGAUAUUCGAAAAUCAAAUAUCCUUAAUGUUAAUCCACCAUUAGAAAUGCCAUUAAAAGAACAAUUAAUUGAUCGAUAUUUUGCAUAUAUAACAGUUAAUGCUGAAAUUCCACCACCUGAUAUGCGAUUAGAGAUUAUUCAUCUUGAUCAUUUUCCACAUCCUCGUCCAGAACCACAACGUAAAAUUGAAACUCUUUCUAUUACUCCUAGUCUUCAGGAUGCCAUUCCAACAAUAUCAUUUCAGCAAAAUUCUAAUGGUAUUACACUGUUUUGGAGCAAAUCAACACAGAGAAUCUCAGAUAUUGUUCAUAAUUAUCGAGUAAGUGAAUUAUUUCUGAAUACAUAUUCUAUUUCUAAUAGUUUUGAUUAG